AAAGUCACAGUUUCAUUGGUCUGUUUCACACUGCUGAUGUGCCGGUUGGGUGAUUUCGUAACCCAACAUUGUUUAGCAUUUGCGUGGUAAUACUGUAGUUUAUGUUAGCUCGUCUCACGGUCGCAUUAGGAGCUUUUUUGAGCACAACUAACGUUAACCAUUCUCAACCAAGGUGGAAACUGACCUAGACGUAGCUAGCUAGCGUUACAUCCAUACCUGGCUAACGUUAGCUAACCGCUCAGUCGAUAUAGGUUAACGUUAUUUGCAUUAACGUUAGAAUGGGUGAGGAAAUUAACGACAACCUCAUUAACACAGGCAAUGGACCUGCUAAUACCACCAAUGUUAAGGAAAACGGCGAAACAGUAGAAUGUGGUGUAAAAUAUUACACAUUAGAAGAAAUAAGAGUACAUAAUAUGAGCAGUGACACAUGGCUCAUCAUCCACGAUAAAGUAUAUGACAUCACAGGUUUCCUUGAAGAGCAUCCGGGAGGUGAAGAGGUUUUGUUGGAGCAGGCAGGUGCAGACGCCACAGAGAGCUUUGAGGAUGUGGGUCAUUCCACAGAUGCCAGAGAGAUGCUCCUGCAGUACUACAUUGGGGAGGUUAACAUGGAUGACAGAAAGAAGGAUACGGAAAAGGAGGUACAUGACACAAAUUCAGGAGAGUCCAGCAGCUCCUGGACCACUUGGUUGAUACUUGCUAUUGCUGCAACUAUUGUUGGUGUCAUGUAUCGCUACUACAUGUUUGAACACAAGUCCUCUUGAGUGCUGGUGUCCUGUUUUCAUCUCAUUUCCAUUAUCUGGAGGCCUUGAAAUGUUUGACCAAAACCUCCUCACACUGGACGCUCACAAUUAGGAGUGUGUGCAUCCUCGGCAACGAGAAAGAGAGGGGAACAGUUUGAUAAAGUACUUUUGUCUUUGUCCAUCUACAUAAAGUGCACAAAAUAGGUAGUUGGUCAGAGACUUUAGUAAAUUGUCUGCUUUCAGUUUCUUUGUACUUUAUUGUCACUAUGCCUGUUGUCAUUAAUGUCAAAUAUUGUCUUUAACUUAAACUUUCAUAUGCAUUUGACCCAGUUUGGUCUCUGUAUGUUUAUUACCCAUUUGCAUACUCAGAGAAAGGUUUUAACAGCCUGGUUUACAUCAUUACACGGAUAGACAAAAUGGAAACAUUGAAGGAGGUGUUCAUAUGCAGAACGGUGAUGAAAUCAGGGUAAUAGUUAACAGUGACCAUUCUAUCUUUUACACUGAAUUACAACUUCCAAUGCAUAAGAAUCAUGAGUUUAUUCCAUUCACUCCUUACUGCACAGUUCUGGUGUUAAGCAAUGCUUGAUUGCAUUUAUCACUUGUUUGGAAAUGCAUAUUCUUUACAGUUAUGUAAUUGCAGUGUCAAAUCAAUGUCUGUUCCUUGAAAAUAGUGGUGAAUUAUAUUGUAUCAGUGAUUAUUUAAGGUAGAAUGUGUUCUGACUUGUCCCUUUUUUUUUUUACAGUUAUCAAACAAACUUGUGCAAAUGAAAAAUACCUGACCCAUAUAUUAAAAUAAGUUUAUGUAGUAUGUAAUAAUAUAAUAUUUUAUUACCCAGAUAUAAUAGCUGACAGUAAAUGGCCGUGUGAAUACCCUUGAUAGAAGAAGUAUUUGUUAUUUGAUCGUUCUGUUUUUAAAUUUAAUUGUUCCUCACUAUGCCAUUUGUUACAACUUUGUUUCAUUGUAAUGUAUCGUAAUUUUAUGUUUUGGGUGAAUGGUACUGACAACUGCCUUUGGAGGGUUUGAAUUGUAUUGGAUGAAGUCUGGUGUGUGUUGCUUGUUUGGCUGCUGUUGGUCAAUUGGGGAGCUUGUAAGUUGUCAUUAGAGACAUAGAUGGGUGUCUUUCAGGCCACAGUUGGUCACCAUAUUUAAUAAUCUAAUUUAGUUACUCAACCUUUUUGAAUUCUCUAGGUUGCUGUUCAGAUUUUGGCACUGUUAAAUAUGUUUUGGUUUAGGUAAGCUUAGCAUAGCAUAUCUAAAACUUCCUUUUAUUGAAUAUUCUGAAAUAGGCAUUUUAAUUCAUAUUACAAUCAAAAAAGCAUUAUCCAACUACAAAGAUCAUAACAAUUUGAAGUCCAUUUACCACUUGUUUAAAAUUUCUGAAUAUAGUUUGCUGCUAUUUUAUAUGUGACAGAUGUCAAAAUUCAGUUGGCUGACUUUAAAGAUAAAUAUUUGCUAUCUUUGCAUUUCAACUGCCAUUUCCUGUCAUUAAAAAUCUCUUUGAAUAAAAUGAAUCUUUCAAAAAGUG